AUGGCAGAAAAGCAGAGAGAAGAAGCUCAAGGGACGGCUGAAGGUAAAGUGAAAGACGGGUCGACUGGGAAGGAAGGGGAACCUAAAGAAAAUGAGAGACUAGCAUCAGUCAGUAAAGACUUAUCCCAUUCUGCAAGCGAUGCGAAGGCAAGUGGACCUGAAAGCAAACAGACUCUUAACGUGGAAAAUGGUAGUCAAGGUGAAGCCGGUCCAGCCGGCAAUAAUGGACAACCUCAAGAAGAUCGUAUCACAUCAUCUUUAUCCUCUUCUACGUCACCCAAUACACAUUCCGCAGAUACAUCCUCUGACAGCAACAGAACUGAACCUUCUCCCAGUACUUCAGCCACACCAACUAAUGGAGGAUCAAUAACCACAACGACCGGGAAUGAACCUCCAGCGGCAGGGAGUGAGACUACAGGUAACACCGAGGAUGGAGAAAUUGCAGAACCAACAACGAAUACCUCAGUGAACACGAACCGUGACACUACCAAUACACUCACUGAGGAGGAAUCAACCACCACUACUACAACAACAUCAACACUUCCUCCUGGACUCACAAACAACAAGAAGGGUGAUGCAGACAGCAGCAGCAGUAUCAGCAGUUCUGUGUGGGUGCGUGUGCCACUACUGAUUGUGGUUACACUGUCCUGUAUUCUUGUGUGCUGA